GCCACGGACAUGCGGCAGGAGGAGUCGUCGCCGUCAAUAUCGUCCCUUCCUCGUCCCGUUCCAGAAUGGAACCUACCGCCCAACGCGCCGGCAUGUAUGGAGCGGCAGCUGGAGGCAGCGCGCUACCGGUCUGAUGGCUCCCUGCUUCUGGGCGCGUCCAGCCUCAGCGGCCGUAGCUGGGCCGGCUCUCUGUGGCUCUUCAAGGACCCCCUCGCGGCCCCCAAUGAGGGCUUCUGUUCAGCUGGAGUCCAGACCGAAGCCGGGCUGUCCGACCUGACUUGGGUAGGGGAUCGGGGCAUCCUUGUGGCCUCCGACUCGGGUGCUGUGGAACUAUGGGAACUGGAUGAUUCUGAAACACUCAUCGUCAGCAAGUUCUGCAAAUAUGAGCAUGAUGACAUAGUGACCAGUGUCAGUGCCCUACUCCCUGGCACACAGGCUGUCAGUGGCAGCAAAGACUUCUGCAUAAAACUUUGGGACCUUGGCCAAGAGAAAGUGCUAAGCUCCUAUAGAGCUCACUCUGGCCAAGUCUCCUGUGUUGCUGCUUCUCCCCUUAAGGAGUCUUUGUUCCUGUCAUGCAGCGAGGACAAUAGAAUUUUACUUUGGGAUAUCCGGUUACCCAAGCCAGCCACACAUAUUGGCCAAAGUGUCCCCCAUCACCUUCCUACCUCACUGGCCUGGCAUACUAAGAAGAGCAAAAUUUUUGCUUUUGGUGAUGAGAAUGGCUCUGUCUUUCUUGUGGACCUCAAGAACCCUGACAAUAUCCGUUCCUUAACUAUACACUCCCAGAGUGUCACAAGGCUGGUGUUCUCAUCAGACAGUUGUCCCCUCCUGGCAUCCCUCAGUGAAGAUUGUUCUGUAGUUGUGCUUGACACUUGCCUUGUAGAAGUGUUCAAAAGCGAAGCCCACAGAGAUUUUGUGAGAGAUGCUACGUGGUCUCCCCUCAAUCAGUAUCUGCUCACGACUGUGGGCUGGGACCAUCAGGUCAUCCACCACACUGUGUCCUCAGAGCCAAUUACAGUUCCUGCUUCCCACAAAGCCAUAUAGAAUAGAUUGGAUUUGAGACAAAAAAGGCAAAACUGCUACAAAUCCAAAUCCACCUACCCCUUGGUUUAUGAGAAGAUAAGUCCUGUUUGUAGCAGGUUUGAUCUAUUAGAACUGAGCAGUUGAGGCACCAACUUCUCUGCCUGGGAUCCUGUAGAGUCGUAGGGAGACAGUUGUUUAUUUUUUUAGAUUCUAUUUAAAUUUCUUUUUAAAUGAUAAUUUGGACCAUCUCUUCCCACAUCUAGUGACCUCCCCUUGUUCCUCCUCACUCUUAAAAAGUACAUAAAGGGGUAGGAAAGUGUCUCUUCAUUUCUUUUUCUUCAGGUUAUAAGGAAUUUGCAAAAUCCUGGGAAUCACCUGAGAUUUGGGCAUCCCCAUGUCCUAGGAAUGAGGUUUCUCAUUUACCCUUUGAGGUUUUUGGUUAUUCUAAUUACAGAUCUGAGACAGACAUGGGAAAUUUUUUUAACAGCAGGACAGCCUCUUGCCUCAGUUGCCUAGGGUAAUUUCUUUCCCUUAAUACGAAUCCUUCCUUGGCUGAGCAGGAAGGAGAACGGCCUGUUUUUCGUAGGUCAUUGGGAACCUCUCUAGUAAAGUCAUGAUACUCUGGGAGAGGCUUACUACCUUCUCCUAAUGAUGAGAGACCAAUUCCAGAGUUUGUUUCCUUUGGUUAGAUGCCAAAGGGUAUGGCUGGACUUGGUUUAGAGGGAAUCCAGAGGGAUUUGAGGAGAGGAUGGGAAGUUGUGGGCAAGGGACACUUGAACAUAAGCCAGAAAACUGACAGACUCCAGCGAGGGCUUUGGGAGCUGCUCCUCCAGUACUAAACUGCCCUGACCACCGCCUCCUGAGGCUGCUCUGCUUUCAGGAGGUGGGUUGCUUUGCCAUGUCAGGAGAAGACAUUUUAUUGCCAAGCGUCAUCCCAAUGGAGAAUCUGAUAUGACUUAGUGAAAUAAAAUUCUCCAUUUCGGGUUCUGUUUUUCA